AACCCCUUUCUAUUUUUUUUCCCUCUCUAAACCUCUCGUUUCGUUUUUGCUUCAGCAAAUGCAGCGUUGUUGUCGAUUCCCUGCGUUUUGGAGCCCCGUGUUGUCGUUUACCAGAUCGGAGAUUUCCUCGCCAUGAACGAAACCGAAGCGGUGGAGGAUGCGAGGGAGGUGGUGGUUGUGAAGGAGGAAGAGCGCGCGGAGAAAAUGGUUUACAUGUGGGGAUACCUUCCCGGAGCCUCGCCGAAGAAGUCUCCGAUACUCUCUCCGGCGCCUGUGACUCUCUCCGAUCCUUCACUGGCCGUAGAUUCGUGGAAGGACGUGUGCGGCGGUGGUUGCGGAUUCGCCAUGGUCAUCUCAGAGAAAGGGAAGCUCAUAACGUGGGGUUCUGCAGACGAUGAAGGGCAGAGCUACUUGAUAUCAGGGAAGCAUGGGGAGAUUCCAGGGCUUUAUCAGCUUCCCACUGAGGCUUCAGUGGUGAAGGCUGCUGCUGGUUGGGCUCACUGCGCUUCGGUCACUGAAGAAGGUGAGGUGUAUGCAUGGGGCUGGAAAGAAUGUGUGCCUUCUGGGAAAGUUAUUACUGAUUUCAUCACUGUGGGAAGUCUCCAAAAGGAUAUUGCUGGGAAACAAAGUUCAUCAAUAGCUGAACAAAGAAGCCCUCAGAGCUCAAACACAAGCAGUGGAUCAGAUUCUCAUCAUGACAACAAGAAAGUGGGAGAUGAAGUUGUAAAGCGUAGGAAGAUCACUUUCUCUAGACAGGAUUCUGACAGUCAAGCAUCUGGAGAUGAAUUCUUUAGUGUGUCCCCCUCUCUUGUGACCCUUGGUAAUGGAGUGAAAAUUACCUCUGUAGCACUUGGAGGGCGGCAUACCUUGGCACUGUCAGAUGUGGGACAGGUCUGGGGUUGGGGCUAUGGAGGUGAAGGACAGCUAGGAUUGGGUUCUCGGGUAAAGAUGGUAUCAUCCCCUCAUCUUAUACCUUGUAUUGAGUCUGCUGGGAAGGAUAAAUCAUCAGCUUUUCAUCAAGGAAGUGGUGCUGGAGCUCAAGGGUCAAAUGUUACUGGAAGUUAUGUGAUGGACAUUUCUUGUGGCGGUCGACAUAGUGUCGUGAUAACAGAUGCUGGGGCUCUUCUUACAUUCGGCUGGGGACUGUAUGGCCAGGAAGAAAUUAACAAGCUCGCAUCUCACAUCUCAUAAGUAACGAUGAAUGAAGUAGACACGGGAAGUGGUCGAACCAGUAUAAAUCGAGUAACAGACGAUCCAAUCCAGUCAUAUGCUUAGGCUAUGCCUUUUCUAGAUCCCAGAAUUGAAUUUUUGUUGGUUCAAGCUAGGUUUUCAAAUGUUUCAAAGCUCAGACAAGUUAAAAUUGACGAGCUUUAGUGACUGCUUUGGUUGAAAGAUGGACACCUGAGUCACACACAUUUCAUCUUCAUGUUGGUGAGUGCAUAAUCACCUUGGAAGAUGUUGCUCUUCAACUAGGUUUACGCAUUGAUGAAAAACCAGUUAUUGGCCUAACAUAUUAUGAUUAGCAACAAAUGUGCACAAAAUAUACAGGUGUUAUUCCCCCAAAUAAUGCAUUGGUGGGAUUAACACUUAAACUAAAAUGGUUAAAAGAAAACAUGUUGACUCUCCCAGCAAAACCCACACAACAAUUAGCAGUCCAUUGUAGGACAUACAUUUUAGGGCUGAUUGGUGGGGUGUUGAUGCCAGACAUGUCAAGGAACAAAGUUCACUUGAUAUAUCUACCCCUGUUAGCAAAUCUUGAUCGGGCUGGCCGGUAGAGCUGGGGUUCAGCAUGUUUAGCACAUUUGUACUAAGAAAUGUGUAGGAUUAUUUAUUCCACAUCCAAAAAAUGGGGGGGGGGGGGUGUAUAGUGUUGUUAGAGUCUUGGGCAUGGUAUCGCUUGUCAUUCAUUCAACCAAGGAUCAAGCGUCAACUCUCAUAUCCACUUGCAACAAGAUGAAGCGGCAGAGGGCUACAAUUUUUCAUAAUCUUGUGCGAUGAUGUGAUAGGCUACAGGUCAAGAUUUGAUAACAUGUGUAAUGAAAAGGUUGAACCAUUUAUGUUUUGUUUUACUUAUUCAAACUUCAAUUACAUUGUUUUUAAAAUUACUAACACAUUAUUUUUUCAGUUCCAUUGGAUGUCUUACAGAGGUUUUGAGUCAUUUCUACUAGAAAAUGCAUACAAGGAUUCCAAAAUAUGGAGUACUUGUGUAGUUUUAAUCUGUUUUCCAAUGGUAGUAUGGCAUCAAACUAAGAUGGUCAUGCUCCAAUUUGGACUUUGUCAAAAUAUUCCAAAUCCACCGCAUAAUCUUGACAAAGUCCAUCAUAUUGACAUGAGAGGACAUAGUGACACAAAUUGGGUAGAGGAACAUCAACGGUGGAUUGCAAUUUGGAAGUAAAGACGCAAAUAUGUGUUAAUCAAGCAACCAAUUCUAGGGAAGAUUGAACAUAUGAGUUACUACAUGAAUUGGUACCGAGCAAAUUAAAAAAUUUGCCUAACACAGUUCGCAACUCAUCCAAAUGUUGCCACCACAUCUCGUUUAGCUCCAGACAUGGAAACUGAACAACAUCCUCCACAACAAAGCCCACCAAUUGAUGUUGGCAUGCAUGAUGAAAGACUACAACCACAUGCUCAAUCAUAUGAAUUUAUGUGACAACCUCAUCAUCAUCAAGAAGAUUAUGGGUACAAUCUGCAGUUCUUCAGUGCUAGCAGAGAAGACUUUAUGAGCAACCUCAUGGGUAUAGAUCUCCAAGCAUUGGAGUAUGCUUAUGCGUACAUACAAAGUAUGCCCAUACCUUCAUUUGCAUCAUUUCACCAAAGUAUUGUCAACAGUUCUUCCACUAAUGACUUCAUCCAAGAAGAGCAACCUGUUGUACCUGAUGAACAACUUGAACCUUAAGAACAUGGAUGAGUACGUCGACAACCAACAAGAAACAGGCAGCCUCCCAGAUGUGGAAUUGGUGGACACAAACGACAUUAAAUGUUUUCCCUUAUUAAUUAUGUCCUAUUAUGAUGAUUAUUAAUAUGCCCUUGUUAAUUGAAUGAACAAUGCAUUAAUUGACUGAACGUUGCAUUUUUUUUAAUACGAAUUGAUUGAACAUUCAUUUCUUUGA